UGCCAUGACUAGCCUCAGGAAAAGUUGCUCAAUGUUAAUGUUUGACAAGUAGGAAGAAGGCUCUUGGCUGCCAUAUCUCCCAGUCUUAGACAACACAACCACACUCUUUCAGUUCUCCUUCUACUCAAGUUUGUUUGCUGCUUUGUGAAGGAAUUACAUAUUCAAAUCCGAGGAAGAGCGAAAGAAAGACAACAUGGAGGUGCUGGUGCUGAUCGACUUCGAGGGCACCCUGGGAGACGAGCUCUCAGUGAGGGCAGGGGAUGUGGUCAAGAAUGUCACGCCCAGCGAGGAUGGAUGGCUUGAGGGGGAGCUGAGAGGAAAGAGGGGUAUCUUCCCUGCCAACUUUGUCAAGGAGGUGCCAGUCUAUUUGAUAGGUGACAACAAGAGGGAACCACGAAGCCUUAGAAAAACAAAGAGGAUGAAACAGACGAGGAAAUGCGAGGUAAUGUUUGCCUACAGCCACGCAAAUGAAGAUGAGCUGGACCUGGCUGUUGGCGAGACUAUUGAGAUCAUCAGAGAGAUUGAAGAUGGAUGGUGGAUGGGGAUAAAAAAUGGCAAAGUGGGAGCAUUUCCUUCAAAUUUUGUCAAAGAAAUCUUUGUUUCACCUAAAGAUGGGAAGCACAAUGAGGGAAAGGCAAGACCCAAACUGACAGAUGCAGUGUUCAGUAAGGAGGCAUCUCAGAGAGCAAGUGUGAGGAGCAAAGGGAAAAAAAUGGAGGAGUGUUGCCAAGUCAUGUUUGACUACAAGGCCAAAGCAGAGGACGAACUGGAUCUGAAAAAAGGGGACAUUGUUGUGAUCGUGAGCAAGGAAACAGAAGAUGAAGGCUGGUGGGAGGGAGAGCUGAACGGACGCUGUGGCUUCUUUCCUGAUAACUACGUCAUGGUGAUACCACCAAAGGGCAGUCUGCAAUCUGGGACCACAAGCCAGCCGCCUGCACGCAAGAUCAACAAGAAACUCUCAGUAAAGACCGAGGCAUCAGCGAUGGAGAAAGGUGGUCCAGCAAAGACAAAAGAUGAUAAACCAGAGGCUAAGGACCUGAGAGCUAAUCCUCCAACCAAAGUCAAGCUGCCACCCAUCAACAAGCCAAGUCCACCUCCAGUCAAAGAGAAGCCCAACAAGCCUUUACCCAUAACCAAUGGUGAUGUGGCUCCUCCUCCUUCACCAAAAAAACCAGAGGAGAAAGAAACCGACCAGUUUGAUGGAGUGGAUGUGCAGACUGAAAAGCUGAGCCAUCCUACAGCAAACAGAGCCAAACCACCUCAUAGAAGACCACCAUCAAGCCCGGGCACAACAGCACCAACUCAGAGUGAGACAGAGCCAGAGAUAUUGCCAAAAAAGGUCCAACCAGAGAAAUUACCUGGCUUGCAAAAGGGUAAAGAAAAUCUCCUGCCAUCACCUGCAAAGCCUGAGCCUCAACCCAAGACGCCACCUCCUGUUCGUACAGCACCGCCCAAAGUGGGUGUAGAUGGCAGAACUGUGACCCACAAAGAAGAGCCAACUGUGGAAAGCCUACAGGCUGAGAUCAAAGAGCUGAGGAUGGCUCUGGAGCUGCUACAGGCUCGACACGACCAAGACAUGCAGGAAGUGAAAGAGGAACUGAGGAAGGAGAGAGACAAACAGCAGGCACUGCAGGAGGAAGUAAACAGUUUGAGGAUGAAACAUUAAUCCCCACACACGCUGUGACUGGGCUGGCUGUCUGACACUGUGCUAUGCAGGCCCUUGAACUGCAGAUUGAAACAAGUUGAACAUUUUUCUGACAUGGAGUGGAGAGGGAGAGGACAAGCGAGCGCUCCCACUGCAGACACACAAACGAGGGCUACAUUAGAAAGUAUAGUUGGACAUAGGAUCAGGCUACUCCUGCACUGGACCAGAAAAACUUGAUCCUUCAAAAGACUUUUAAAUGACAUACUGUUAAACUUUUUACAUAUUUCAGAGCAGGGAAUGACAAAUAUUGGUCCUAAGUGGGUUACACUUGGUAGCAAAUUAAUGUUCUACAUUUUUUUCUAUUUAAACUGUCACCUCUAUGACUUAUUAUAGGUUUUACUGUACUUUUAACAAUAAUGCCUCAGCAGAAUAUGUAGUGUUCAGUUGUAAAUAUACAGUUGUAAAUAGGAAGAAAAUUGUGAUGUCUUUUGCAAAGAACUAAAAGAUAAUCUUAAGCCAUCCAAAGGAACUCUUUUAUCUGAAUGUUAAUACCUGAAAUACUACUGUCAAAAACAAGGACUGACAUGCAGGUGAAUUUCUACAUCAGAAUGUAAUGCUGCAUUAACCCACUGGGGGGCACUGUAUGCCCACUGCUCUACAUAAAGAGAAGUGCUAAACUUACCAGUGAAUGCUGGAAAAAUGAAAGUAAACUGGUGCUACUAACCUCACAUGAGAAAAAAAAAAAACAAAUUUAAUUAUAAAAGAUUGGGUGUGUUAAAAUUUAAGCUUUGAGAAA